AUGAGAGCGGUUGUGGUCCUGGCUGUCGUGCUGGUCGUGAUCUGCACUGAAGUUCUCUUCCCUUUCAUCUGGAGAGGCAGAGAACUCCUCUGGGGAAAGAUGGAGGACUCUCACGUCAUCAGCGUCGUGGAGCAGAGCAGGAUCCUGGUGGACGGCGCCAUCCGACGCACGAUGGAGAGAAACCUCAGAAAAAGGGAAAUUGUUUCCGCAGAGCAGCUUCUGUCUUUCUCCAAACUGCCCGAGUUGACGGGUGGGGCCGUUUCCCGGGCGGCGGAGAUCAUGGAGACCUCGAUCCGAGCGAUGGGACUCCAGCGAUCUCAGCAUCCCACCGAUGUCUUAUCAGAAGAGCUACUCAGUAUCGUUGCGAAUGUGUCCGGAUGCCUCCCCUACAUGCUGCCACCAAAGUGUCCAAACACGUGCCUGGCCGACAAGUACCGACUCAUCACAGGAGCUUGCAACAACAGAGAACACCCCCGCUGGGGCGCCUCCAACACGGCCCUGGCGCGGUGGCUGCCUCCCGUCUACGAAGAUGGCUUUAGCCAGCCCAGGGGCUGGAACCGUGGCUUCCUGUACAACGGGUUUCCGCUGCCGCCGGUACGGGAGGUGACCAGGCAGGUCAUCCAAGUUUCGAAUGAAGCUGUUACGGAAGACGACCAAUAUUCUGACCUGCUGACGGUGUGGGGGCAGUACAUCGGUCACGACAUCGCGUUCACGCCUCAGAGCACCAGCAGAGCCGCCUUUUGGGGGGGAGUCGACUGCCGGCUGAGCUGCGAGAACCAAAGCCCAUGUUUCCCUAUACAGCUCCCCGAGAACGCCCCGCCGGCGCGCCCCGCCUGUCUGCCGUUCUACCGCUCGUCGGCCGCCUGCGGCACCGGGGACCAAGGCUCGCUCCUGGGCAACCUGUCCAGGGCGAACCCGCGACAGCAGAUGAACGGGCUGACGUCCUUCCUCGACGCCUCCACGGUGUACGGCAGCUCCCCCGCCGCGGAGCGGCAGCUGCGGAACUGGACCAGCGCCGAGGGGCUGCUGCGGGUCAACACGCGCCACCGGGACGCGGGCCGCGCCUACCUGCCCUUCGCGCCGCGCGCUGCGCCCCCGGCCUGCGCGCCCGAGCCCGGCGUCCCCGGCGCGGCCCGCGCGCCCUGCUUUCUGGCCGGGGAAGGCCGCGCCAGCGAGGUCCCCUCCCUGACGGCGCUGCACACGCUGUGGCUGCGCGAGCACAACCGCCUGGCCGCGGCGCUCAAGGCCCUCAACGCGCACUGGAGCGCAGACACGACCUACCAGGAGGCGCGCAAGAUCGUGGGCGCCCUGCAUCAGAUCAUCACCUUGCGGGACUACGUCCCCAAGAUCCUGGGCCCCGCGGCCUUUGAGCAGCACGUGGGUCCCUAUGACGGCUACGACCCCACCGUGAACCCCACCGUGUCCAACGUGUUCUCCACCGCCGCCUUCCGCUUCGGCCACGCCACUGUCCACCCGCUGGUGCGGCGGCUCGAUGCCGACUUCCAGGAGCACCGCGACCUCCCCCGGCUGCACCUGCGCGACGUCUUCUUCAACCCCUGGAGACUCAUCCAGGAAGGUGGCCUGGACCCGCUGCUGAGAGGCCUCCUUGCGAGCCCGGCCAAGCUGCAGGUGCAGGGCCAGCUGGUGAACCAGGAGCUCACGGAAAGGCUCUUCGUGCUGCCCAACUCCAGCACCCUGGACCUGGCGUCCAUCAACCUGCAGAGGGGCCGCGACCACGGCCUGCCAGGUUACAACGCGUGGCGGCGGUUCUGUGGGCUGCCUCGGCUGGAGACCCCCGCCCACCUGCAGGCGGCCGUGGCCAACCAGAGCGUGGCCGACAAGAUAAUGGCCCUGUACAGGCACCCGGAUAACAUCGACGUCUGGCUGGGUGGCCUGGCGGAAAACUUCCUCCCGGGGGCGCGCACGGGCCCCCUGUUCGCCUGCGUCAUCGGGAAGCAGAUGAAGGCCCUGAGGGACGGCGACAGGUUCUGGUGGGAGAACGGCCCUGUCUUCACGGACGCGCAGAGGCGCGAGCUGCGGAAGCACUCUCUGUCCCGGGUCAUCUGCGACAACACGGGCCUCGCCAGGGUGCCCGCCGACGCCUUCCGAGUCGGGAAAUUCCCCGAGGACUUUGAGUCCUGCGAGAACAUCCCUGGCCUGAGCCUGGAAGCGUGGAGGGAGGCGUCCCCCCAAGACGACAAGUGUGGCCCCCCGGGGAAGGUGGACGACGGGGACUUCGUGCAGUGCGAGGAGGCCGGGCGUCGCGUGCUGGUGUAUUCCUGCCGCCACGGGUACGAGCUCCACGGCCGAGAGCAGCUCGCCUGCACCCCGCAAGGGUGGGACUUCCAGCCCCCGCUCUGCAAAGAUGUGAACGAGUGUGCGGACCCCGCGCGCCCUCCCUGCCACGCCUCCGCGCGGUGCAGGAACACCAAGGGCGGCUUCCAGUGCGUCUGCUCCGACCCCUACGUGCUGGGGGACGACGGAAGGACCUGCAUAGACUCCGGGCGGCUCCCGCGUGCGUCCUGGGUCUCCAUUGCGCUGGGCGCCCUGCUGGUCGGCGGUGUGACGGGUCUCUCCUGGGUGGCCAUCUGCCGUUGGUAA